GGCCCAGUGGUUUUCCCUGAUUCGUGGACGACGGCUGCCACUAUGUCGGAGACCGCGCCUGUUGCCGCUCCUGCUGUCUCUGCUCCUGGCGCUAAAGCAGCAGCCAAAAAGCCGAAGAAGGCGGCGGGCGGCUCCAAAGCCCGCAAGCCCGCCGGCCCCAGCGUCACCGAGCUGAUCACCAAGGCCGUGUCCGCCUCCAAGGAGCGCAAGGGGCUCUCCCUCGCCGCGCUGAAGAAGGCGCUGGCCGCCGGCGGCUACGAUGUGGAGAAGAACAACAGCCGCAUCAAGCUGGGGCUGAAGAGCCUCGUCAGCAAGGGCACUCUGGUGCAGACCAAGGGCACCGGCGCCUCCGGGUCUUUCAAAUUGAACAAAAAGCCUGGCGAGACGAAGGAGAGAGCAACUAAGAAAAAGCCUGCAGCCAAGCCGAAGAAGCCGGCACCCAAGAAGCCCACAAGUGCUGCCAAGAAACCUAAGAAAGCAGCGGCAGUGAAGAAAAGCCCUAAGAAAGCCAAGAAGCCAGCAGCUGCCGCGGCGAAGAAGGCGGCCAAGAGCCCCAAGAAAGCUGCCAAGGCAGGCCGCCCCAAGAAGGCAGCGAAGAGCCCGGCCAAGGCGAAGGCGGUGAAGCCCAAAGCAGCUAAGCCGAAGGCAGCGAAGCCCAAAGCUGCCAAGGCAAAGAAGGCGGCGCCCAAAAAGAAGUAAAGUAGAAGUAAUUGGAGUCUACCCAUAUAAAUAAACCCAAAGGCUCUUUUAAGAGCCACCCACUUACUCUCAAAAAGAGCUGGAGCACUGACAAAUCACAGCAGCAAAACCAAAUCUUUUCAGAGAGCUUCAAUCUGAAUUUAUACUAACACGUUACCGCUUUCGUAAGGCGCGCCCUAUUCCGUAAAGCCUGCGUGGGGGAACCUGCGCUUCCUUAAAAGUUGUUCUGCGUGCAAUGCGGGAGCCCGCCGAUAGCAGCGGCCCCGGCCCCAGGUAUGUGCCCGGCGCAGCGGGAGCAGCAAAAGACAGCACCAACCCCACCCGCCAACUCCCCCACCCCCCUUGCUGCGGCGCCCGGGGGAGUUUAAAAGUCCCGCGUUGAGCCGAGAUUGGCCCCUUCCGCCCUCUCGGCCCCGCCUCCCUGCCGACCAGCCUCCGCCCCUAUGGGCGGUGACACCCCCAACAAACCCCCCUUCCCCUCUCAGUAGCUGCCGGCGCAGCCCCUUGCGCGGGGGGCCGGGUACGGCACCCUAUCACCCCCACCCCACUCCCAUGAGCUAUGGGUCCAGGUAGCUUGAGGAGGAGGAGGAAAAUGGAUCAGGCUCGGGGAACGUGCGCGCCGUGCCCCGGCUCUGCCUUUGCCCCGCGGGGAGAGGCUGUCCGGGAACAACCGCUUCGGCUGGCAGAACGGGGGUGGCUGGGCAAGAGGAGCCCCAAAAUCCAAUGCUCCCAGCCCCGAGG